ACCACCACAAAAUCCUCUCUCACAUGCAAUUUGUCUCCCUAGACUAGUACACUUCCCACCACCACCACCACCACCACUACCACCACCAUCAUUCCCAUUUCGCCAGCCACCAACCCAUUAAAACCCAUUUCUUAAUUUUCACUAUCAAUCAAUUUUCGGGGCUCAAAUGGGGAAAAAACCAAACACCCCCUUUGUGACCUUGCUUUUCUCAUUGUUCUUGUGGCUAAUCCUAAACAUGGCACCACCAGUGACCUCUCUCUCUCCUGACGGAAAAGCCCUUCUCUCUCUCCUCUCAGCGGCUGAGCCCAAUUCAAAAUCACUAUCCUCUGUGCUCUCCUCUUGGAACCCUUCAAGCUCAACACCCUGUUCAUGGCAGGGGAUUACAUGCUCACCACAAGACAGAGUCAUCUCUCUCUCUCUCCCAAACAUUUUUCUGAACCUCUCUUCAUUGCCCUCAGAACUCUCUUCUCUCUCCUCUCUCCAACUCCUCAAUCUCUCCUCCACCAACAUCUCUGGCUCAAUCCCUCCUUCCUUCGGUUCCCUCACCGGUCUUCGCCUUCUAGACCUCUCUUCCAAUUCCCUCUCAGGCCCCAUUCCUCCUGAAUUGGGCCACCUCACUUCACUCCAAUUCCUGUUCUUGAAUUCGAAUCGAUUUUCGGGUCAAAUCCCUCAACAACUCGCUAAUCUUUCUUCGUUACAAGCCCUCUGCCUCCAAGACAAUGUGCUUAACGGCUCAAUUCCGUCGCAAUUAGGCUCAUUGGUGUCCCUCCAGCAGUUCAGAAUCGGAGGCAAUCCGUACCUGACGGGGGAAAUUUCACACCAGUUAGGACUGCUCUCCAAUCUCACUAUCUUUGGGGCGGCUGACACUGGGCUUUCCGGUGUCAUACCGGCUACAUUUGGGAACUUGAUCAAUCUCCAGACAUUGGCAGUGUAUGACACUGACAUAUCUGGUUCAAUACCACCCGAACUCGGGUUGUGUUCAGAGCUUAGGAAUUUGUAUUUGCACAUGAACAAGCUCACCGGUUCAGUCCCUCCUCAAUUGGGUAGUUUGCAAAAGCUUACUAGCUUGCUUAUUUGGGGCAAUUCGGUCACCGGACCAAUCCCCGCCGAGCUUUCCAAUUGCUCAUCAUUGGUUGUCCUUGACGCGUCUGCCAAUGAUUUAACUGGUGAAAUACCAGGCGAUAUGGGGAAGCUAGUGCUUCUGGAGGAGCUUCAUUUGUCUGACAACGUGCUCACGGGGCUAAUUCCGUGGCAGUUGAGUAACUGCACUAGUCUUACAACUCUUCAGCUUGAUAAGAACCAGUUAUCAGGUUCAAUUCCAUUGGAAGUGGGUGAUUUGAAGUCCUUGCAAAGUUUCUUCUUGUGGGGUAAUUCGGUGUCUGGAACUAUUCCAUCAUCCUUCGGGAACUGCACUCAACUUUAUGCUCUAGACCUUUCGAAAAACAAGCUUACCGGGGCUAUCCCAGAAGAGAUUUUCGGUCUAAAGAAGUUGAGUAAGCUGCUUUUACUUGGGAAUUCUUUGUCAGGAGGAUUGCCUCGAAGUGUCUCAAAUUGCCAGUCUUUGGUGAGGUUGAGGCUUGGUGAAAACCAGCUUUCAGGUCAGAUUCCUAAGGAGAUUGGCCUAUUGCAAAAUCUUGUGUUUCUUGAUUUAUACAUGAACCAUUUCUCGGGUUAUUUGCCUCCUGAGAUUGCUAACAUCACAGUUCUCGAGCUAUUAGACGUGCACAAUAACCACAUUACUGGUGUGAUACCGGCUCAGCUAGCAGAGCUUGUGAAUUUAGAGCAGCUUGAUCUCAGCAGGAACAGCUUCACCGGUGAAAUUCCUUGGAGUUUUAGUAAUUUCAGUUACUUGAACAAACUCAUCCUCAACAAUAAUCUACUUACCGGAUCAAUCCCAAGAUCUAUCCGGAAUUUGCAGAAGCUAACUCUACUUGAUUUGAGCUUCAAUAGCCUCUCUGGUGCAAUCCCACCCGAAAUUGGUUAUUUGACAAGUUUGACAAUUAGUUUGGACUUGAGCUCGAAUGGGUUUUCAGGAGAAAUCCCGGAGACUAUGUCUGGUUUAACACAGUUGCAAUCGCUUGAUCUCUCACACAACAUGUUUUAUGGAAGAAUUACAAUUCUUGGUUUUCUCACUAGUCUCACCUCCUUGAAUAUCUCAUACAAUAACUUCUCAGGUCCUAUUCCCGUGACACCCUUCUUCAGAACACUCUCAUCGAAAGCAUUCCUUGAGAAUCCAAACCUUUGUGAAUCCGUCGAUGGCACUGGCUGUUCUUCACGACUAUCUCGAAGGAAUGGAUUGAAAUCUGCCAAAACUAUAGCUGCAAUCUCUGUGAUUCUAGCUUCUGUGACAGUGGCAGUUGUUGCUUCGUGGAUCCUUGUAUGGCGGAAUCAUAAGUACGUGGUGGAGAAAUCCUCAGGCACCGCGGCCUCUUCUUCAAGGGUGGAGGAUUUUUCUUAUCCAUGGACUUUCAUUCCAUUUCAAAAGCUCAAUUUCAGUAUCGAUAACAUCUUGGAUUGCCUAAAAGAUGAAAAUGUGAUUGGAAAAGGCUGUUCCGGGGUUGUAUAUAAGGCGGAAAUGCCCAAUGGUGAGUUGAUUGCAGUGAAGAAGUUGUGGAAAACGAAGAAAGACGAAGAUCCAGUAGUGGACUCUUUUGCUGCGGAAAUUCAAAUCCUUGGACACAUUAGGCACAGGAACAUUGUGAAGCUCUUGGGUUACUGUUCCAACAAGAGUAUUAAGCUGCUUCUCUACAACUACAUUUCCAAUGGGAACCUCCAACAGCUCUUGCAAAGUAACCGGAACUUGGAUUGGGAAACCAGGUACAAGAUUGCUGUAGGGUCAGCUCAGGGUCUUGCUUAUCUUCAUCAUGAUUGUGUGCCGACGAUUCUUCACAGAGAUGUGAAGUGCAAUAACAUACUCCUAGAUUCCAAGUUUGAGGUUUAUUUGGCAGAUUUCGGACUGGCAAAGUUGAUGAACUCUCCAAAUUACCACCAUGCCGUGUCCAGAGUAGCCGGUUCUUAUGGCUAUAUUGCACCAGAGUAUGGAUACACCGUAAACAUUACAGAAAAGAGUGAUGUUUACAGCUAUGGAGUGGUUUUGCUGGAGAUCCUGAGUGGGCGUAGCGCGGUUGAGCCUCAGAAUGGUGAUGGUCUCCACAUAGUUGAGUGGGUGAAAAAGAAGAUGGGAAGUUUUGAACCACCCGUAACAAUACUUGAUUCGAAGCUCAGAGGCUUACCGGAUCAGAUGGUGCAAGAGAUGCUUCAAACACUUGGGAUCGCGAUGUUCUGCGUGAAUUCAUCACCGGCUGAACGUCCCACCAUGAAUGAAGUGGUGGCACUGCUGACGGAAGUGAAGAGUCCACAUGAAGAAUGGGGGAAAACUUCUCAGCCUCUAAUAAAACAGUCCUCAAACCAAAGCUGAAACAUUCUUUUUCUUCUGUUUUACUUUUGAUUUCUUUUGUUUCCCAAGAUGGAGAAUGUUGUUAUUGUGGGAAAUGAGAGGAGGAAAGCUUUGGGUGGUGCUAUUCUUGGCUUUGGAUAAUGAUCUUGGGGGUUUGUUGUACAGUUUUAGAAACAUCAAGUGGUUCAUUUGCUUCAAACUAAGUUACUGUUUUAUGUCUCAUUGUUUCUUGUUUAGCAGAGUUUUAGAGAAAAAACUGAAGUUUUCUUUGGAUAA